AUGGGUGUCCCCUUCGAGACCUUCCUACCCUACGUUAUCAUGGUCACCAUGUUCGGUGUCACAGGUGCCGGCCUUUCCUCGAUCCGAUAUUACGCGAACGACUACAAGCGGCCGAGAAGACAAUUGGACAUAUGGGAUAGACAGAUGAUGGAGAGAGAUCACAGAUUAACUGGUAAAGUGAGAGGGCAGUCGGAUGCCGUUGAAGCUCCGCUGGGCUUUGAAGUCAACAGCAGAUGGAAGGCCGAGCCACGAAUCACGUAA